AUGUCCGAGACCUUCAACAGCGAGCAUCAGACUGGCGAAAUAUUUCAUCCGGAGGCCAAUGAAGAUGAUGUUCACAUCAUAGAUCGAAACCUCCCUGACACAUCCAACUACGAUGGGGCCAGCAAUCUCAUCCCGCUCACUAUAGGAACACCCAAGCUCCAAUACAAUAAUGAUGGCAACUACGUAGAUCUGCCCCAGGGAAACAAUCAGAACAACGAGAACAACAAUUAUCAGCAACUUCCUUAUGAACCCUCUGGGUUCACUCCAACAGGUUAUACUCCAGUGUUGGCUCCAAGCCCGAGCACAGAAUUCCCAAGUAACCAACAGCUUGCAACGUUUAACCAGCCUAAAUUCUAUCCACCAUUACAGCCUCUCUCGGAGUCGGUUAUACCUAAUGGGCUCACAAUACAACCUUUUGCGUUAAAAGGAAAACCAGAGGCUGAUAUUCCUGACAGGCGGCCUAUGACACAGCCUAAGAAGAAAAAAGAGAGUACGGGUCCGAAAACUAGGCCGGCUUUUGUUGUGAAGCUCUGGUCAAUGGUUAACGAUCCUGCCAACCACGAGUAUAUCAGGUGGAACGAGGACGGAAAAACGUUUCAAGUUUUCCAUCGAGAAGAUUUCAUGAAAUUGGUUCUUCCUAAAUACUUCAAACAUAACAACUUUGCCAGUUUCGUGAGACAAUUGAAUAUGUACGGGUGGCAUAAAGUGCAAGACAUCACUAGCGGAACUAUGAAUAACCAAAAGGACGAAAGAGGCAACGAUGAAGCUUGGCAGUUUGAAAACCCCAAUUUCAUUCGCGGCCAUGAAGAAUUGUUAGACAAGAUUGUGAGGAACAGAAAUGGAAAUCAAGAAGGUGAAAAUAAUGAUAGUCAAGUGAACUUUGCUUUGGUCAUGAAUGAACUAGACCAAAUAAAGAUGAAUCAAAUGGCUAUAGGUGAAGAUCUUCGCAGAAUUCGCAAGGACAAUCAGACCCUUUGGACUGAGAACAACAGAACUCGUGAGGCGCAGAAAGAGCAGGCAAAGACACUCGACAAGAUAUUGCAUUUCUUAGCCGCAGUUUAUGGAAAUAACACAGGCAAGAUAUUGGAGGUGGACAACGCACCUUUUGAAGGAGAACAUUACAUGACUGCGUAUUAUCCAAAUCAAACCUAUCCUUCAUCACAGCCGCAGGGUCAGCUGGCAUCAAUGCAAUUCAAUCCAUAUCCUCAGAGAUCUCCUAGCCCAUUCAGUAAGCCUCGUUUAAUGCUCACAAACGAAGCUCACCAGAGAAGUCCUUCAAGUAAAGAUGAGGGUAGGCUGAGCUCUAAUUCUGGCCCUGACUCCAUUGAAGAGAUAAUGAGGUCCUACGAGAAUACACCUAAUAGCGCGCCUACAAACAGUCCCAAUUUGAGCAAGAUGUACCAACAAAUCAUGAAUCAGGAAGGACCGGUAUCAUCUCCUCGCCAUUAUUUCCCUGAACUUGUUUCCAAUGGAUCAUACUUCCCUAACCGCUCGCAAUCACCAAUCGAGGCCAAUGGGAACUCCACCCACGACCUUAUAAAUGGAAUAGAGCAGGAUGUCAACAAGCAGGGUCAAUCUCUACAAAAAGUUCAAGAUUGGAUACAAGACUUGGCAUCACAGCAGCAGAGAGACCAGCAGAAGAAUCAAGGCACUGUUGAAGAGAUUAGUCCCAAGAAUGACCUUGAUGAGUUUGAUGUCAACGAGUUCUUGAAUUCUAGCCAAAACUACAAUUCCGGAGCCACACCCCAGAGCCCGCAAGAUAAUGCGGCUCAAAAAUCAAAGAAGAGAAAUGUUCAACAAACCAAGCCACAAGCCACCAAGAAGCAAAAACGCCUGUGA